AUGCUAUUAGAAUUAGUUUCUUAUGCAGGGACCAUUUUAGGGUUUCUGUUUCUAACACUUUCAAUUGCAUCAGGUUUAUACUAUAUUAGUGAACUAGUCGAAGAACACACAGAACCCACAAGACGGUUUCUAACAAGGGCAAUUUAUGGCAUAAUUUUGUUACUAGUACUACUUUUGCUACUGGAUGGAUUCCCAUUCAAACUCACACUUUUUUCUAUUGCAUCUUAUAUAGUAUAUUAUCAAAACUUAAAAAGCUUCCCCUUUAUCUCAUUAACCAGCCCAACCUUCCUACUAAGUUGCGUAUGCGUUAUUUUAAACCAUUACUUUUGGUUCAAGUAUUUCAAUGACACGGAAAUUCCACCGCAGUUCAGAUAUGAUCCGAACUAUAUACCUCGUAGGCGUGCCAGUUUUGCUGAGGUGGCCUCAUUUUUUGGUAUAUGCGUUUGGUUCAUACCAUUUGCCCUAUUUGUUUCCCUAUCAGCUGGUGAUUAUGUCUUGCCAACAACCAGUGAACAGCAUAUGGCUAAGAAAAAUGAUGACGCUAUUACAAGUAACCAGCCAAGAUUACGUAAAAGAGCCGUUGGUUUGGUCCGUGUAGUGAUCAAUUCGGUAAGGAAGUACAUUUAUUCUGUAGCUCGUGUAUUUGGCUACGAGAUAGAUCCUGAUUUUGACAGACUAGCUGUUUAA